GGAUGAGGAAGUGCGGGGGGACCAUAGAGACGAAGAGGCGGCGGUGGCCGGAGCGCCUCCGGGCUCGCGGGGCUCCGCAGGCUCAGGUAGACUUGGAGGCGUCGGGGCUGCGGCUGCAGAGGCUGGGCUGGCGGGGCGUGCGCGGGCUGCGGAGCAGGCCUCAGGGGUGAGCCGUUUGAUGUAAAAGACUUGACUCCAUAAUCUGCAUCUGCCCUAAUGCUGUCAUCCGGAGUAGAGACUCAGCCCAUCCCGCUUGAUUCCUCCAUGUCUGCCGUGGUACAGGAAUUAUACUCUGAACUCCCAGUAAGUGUCUCCAAAGAGCUUCAUGCUGACCCUGAGCCGAGUGUGAUUCCAGAUGUAAAACUCGGAGCCUCCAGCUCUCAUGUAAGUCAGAGUAGGGCAGCGCCCUUGGAAUUGCAGAGGACCCCCACGGAACAUUGUUGUGAAGAACCCCCUGUGACCUUGGACCACGGGGGUGAGCCUGGGCGGUGUGGGCUGGUGGACUCCAGAGCAGAAGGUUCUGUGGCCUCUGGGAUAUUGGAUAGGGAAGAGAAAGCCAAGAGCCUGGAGCUAAAGGUCUUCAGAGAUGGAGGGGACCAGGCGGAUAUUGUCAGAGACCCCUGUGAGGGAGCAGAGGAAGACCCACAUCAGUGUCCCACAGCUGCCGAAGAAAAGCCCAGCCCCAGCCAGGAGGACCUCCUGAUGCAGGCGAGCCAAGAACUUUUAUGCACGGACCUCCCUGAAGGUUGUCUGAGAAGCAAAGAAGGAAAUGUACAAAUUUCAACUGGCACUCUGCUGAAAUCCACGGAAGAAGUUCAAGGUAUGAAGGUCAGUGGGCCUAAGAUGAAUAAUAGUGAAGGACACAAGAACAGCCAUGUGAGUAAAGGUCUCUCGGCUGGGUGCAGCAGCUGCCCUGAAGCAGACAAAAUCAUGACCAGUGGUGAGAUUUCUUUAGAACCUUUAAACUUUGUGGACCCUGGAUUAAUGGAAGCAACUCCUACAGAAAAAGAAUGUGAAGAAUUAAAAACCUGUCCUUCUUGGUUGCCAUUAUUACCAGGAAAUAUUGCCGUUUCCACAGUGGACCAUGGGAAGGAAGAGUUGUGUAGAUUAAAUCUUGUCUGUGAAGCAGAUGACAAUCACCAACAGAAUCUUGGCCACCAUAAUGAGAGAUACAGUUCUGUCCACGGCAGUCCCAAAACCACGAAAAGUGUGGUUAUUUUAGAACCCUUAGAAGAAAAUCCUGAAGUUUCACAUUUCACGUCAAGUUUGUCUGGUCCAGAAUCCAGAACAGAAUCUUCAGACAAGUGUGAUUUAGAAGGCAACAGCUUGCCAAAGGGAUCUGCUGAAAAGACAGACAAGUCCUGUUUUAAUGGGGAUGAUCAAAGCAAGAAUGUGGCUUCUAGAGAAGAAAAUGAACAGCCUUUGAGCCCCAGGAGUGAAAGAGAGGAACUCUUUCUUGUUAAUGCCAAGCAACUGGAAGAGGAUGCUAGCAGUCACUGUUUAGGAAGAAAAGAGACUGUUAACUUCCCCAAAGGCAAUAUCCAUGAUAACUGCUGCCCUUUAGGCAGUGUCCAUAAAGACUCCUCUAAUUCUUUAAUGCCUAAUUCUUUCACUGAGGCCACAGAAGUAAUGUCUAAAAAGAAUGAUCUUAAAAUGACUUUAGACAUUCAAGGUAGCUUGGCAAACCAUGAGGACCAAGGAGGAACUUUUAGUAACAUGAGCCAUCCAGGCACAGGCCCUGAAGAGAGCCAUUCUUCCUCCUUGAUACAGAUCGAAGAGCCAGAACACACAGCCACUGCAGAGCCCCAUGUGUUAAGAGAAAAAAUUUAUAGUAAAGACUGUCACUCCAUCAGCACCCAGAGAAACCUGGAAGGCAGCACCCAGUCAAACGAAGCAUCCCAUAAUGGAUUUCAGAUUGAAAGAAAAUCCCCUAUGAGUCUAACGCCAGAGGACCAGAUGAGUUCUACAAAUGAGGUGUCAAAACCUGAGAAAGACAUUGCUCUGUCACCGCCAUCCCUAGAAUGUGAUAACAGAUCUGAGUCAGAAAUGGCUCUACGGAACUCCCAGGACGAUAGUUCACAAUUAGAUAAACAGAGCACUGCCUGGGAGGUGAAUGAACUUCUUUGUACCAAAAUGGGAAGUGAAUGUCUUUUAAAUCAAGUGUUCCUUAAUUCUCCAAACCACACGAAGUUGCCAACUGACAAAGAGAUGCCUGUAGCAGUGAGCAAGGGCUGCCAACAGAGCCAGCAUCCUCCAUUAGAGGAUUGCGCAGAUGUCACUGCUGGUACCCAGACCAUUCCUGGAAAGACAAAAAUGAAAGACAUCUCUCCACCAGGUGACCAAACCUGUGGUACCUCUUCAAACAAUUCCACCUUAAAUGGCAUACCAGGCAGCCUGGAAAGAAAAAGCAAAACUGCUGAUUCCAGAGCUACAAAUCUAUCUUCCAGACUGCUCUCAAAUAAGAAUGAAGCAGUAGGCUUGCCUCAAGAGGGAUCUGCUGUGGAAUGUCAAAGUGCUCAAUCUCAGGCUCUCUCUAGUUGCCUUUGUGUAAGAAAGCAUGUCCCUGAGGAGAUGUGUUCUGCCUAUGUCCUGGAGUCCAGCACAGCCCUGGUGGGAGUUGAGAACUUGCUAACAACCAUGUAUGAAAAUGUAUUUCAGUAUAGUGACCACCACCCCCAAGGGAAAGAAGGCUCUGUACCCCAUAAAGUGAGCUGUACCUUGUUGGAAGGUGAACCAGAUGGGGGAGGAACCAAAGGCAGCCUUCCAGGAAGUAAGACCAGAGACGAAAUGACUGCAGGCAUGUUAAAUAGCGAAGCUUCAAACAAAACCAUCCCCACCAUCCAGCCCAGUGAGAAAGGGCUAGAAGAAAAAGAACAGGAUACACCCAAAGAGACUGUGUUUUGUAAACAUAACAUUUCUGACUGGGCCAUACAAGAACCAAACCAACCUGCAAACAUUCCAAGUCCUGAAAAAUUGUUGGACCAGUUUCCUACUCUUACGUUCUCCAAUGUUAAAAUCAUGAACCCAACAGCUGACACUCUUGAGCAGAAGGCAGAUGGAGCCCUCGACUGCCAGAGCAAUCCACACAGACCAGAUGAAUGCAAAGGUGAGGACAGCCCAGCUAGGGAAACCCUAGGUCGUGACCAGAGAGAGGCGGUCACAGAGUCUAACAGAGAGGGGAGCCACCCCCAGAAGGAUCUUCCAGUCAGUCCCGGAAGUAACAGCUGCGUGUCUGGUGGAAUCGCAAAGAAAGGGGCCUUAAAAAGGAUUCCUGGUUGUGAGGUGUCCACAGAUGGUAUGGUGGACGUGUUCCCCCCAGGCUGUAGUAACAAGCCCCCAGAAGGCAUUCUGGAUGCCACAGCUUCUAGCACACUUACUGGUGGUGCCAGGCAAGAUGGACCGAUGUCAUGUGAGCCUUCAAGGAGCCCAUUGCCCCAGACAGGAGAGCCAACCACCAUGGUUAUGGAAAUGAUCAACCAGGAUUCAGAUCACCAGGAGGCCACUUCCUCUACAGCAGAAUCUUUCAAAGCUGAAAAAUCAUGUGAAGAGAAAGUAUGCAGAUCAUUAAAAGAUUGUGAACUAGAAGUAUGUCCAGACUCUUGUGACCAUGAGAUGGAGUCUGUUGCGGAUCAUGAACCAAAUGUAAGGAUGUUGAGGGGAGUAAAUGUGUCUUUAAAUUAUACUCAUGGUGAACAGCAAGUUAAAGAAGCAUCUCUGACAGAAACACAAGGAAUGAUCGAAGGAUCAAGACUAGAAAUAAAUGCUGAGUGUGGCAAGGAAAAUGCCACUGGACUUUGCUCAGAAGAGCUGAUACCUUCUCAUUGUCGAGAUGAGAACUCUGUUCCCCUGGGAAGCCUGAAAUUCACCAAGAUAAUAAUGCCUUUGCAUCUGUCGUCGUUUCAAGAAAAACAAACUUUUAUGCAUGGUGAAGAAACUGACUCGAAAAACCUUUUUAAACCAAAAGAUGGUGAGAUGCUUUGUGAAAAGGUCAAGGAUUACACAGUCCUGCAUGAGAUGAAGGAAGGGGCACCUGGGGACAGGAGUAAUCCGGGCAACCCAGCCAUCAGUGUGAAAGGUCUGCCUUUGACAGUGGAAACAGAAGUGGAAGUGAAAGGAGAGGACACUGGACACCAGAGGGGACCAUGGGGUCACUUACCUGUGGAGGAGGAGUCAGUUAUCAGACAGAGUGGUCAUGGGGAAGAUGGGCGUGAGGUUUCUCAGCCCCACCUCACGUCCCUGGGGAUGCCAGGGGAUACCCAGGAACAGCAAAGCCAGGAGGCUCUGGACUACAGGGAAGAGGAGCAGAUGCAUCAGGAAAAAGCACACCCCACAUUGGAAUUGUGCACGGCAGCUAACGCAUUGUCACAUGAGGUGCCAAGGAAGAGCCAACCCGAGGGCUGUGGAGAUGAGCCCUCCACCCUGAGAGAAGUAGCCCUGGCAGAGCCAGCCACAGGCAAUACCACUGCUAGGCUUUGGAAGUCCAGAGACCUGAUGGAGGAAAGCUUGUGUCAUCCAUUCAAAAAGGAUGUGGAGUCGUGCACAGGUCCUUGCCUCCGUGGUAUCCCCCUGAAAGCACAUGACCCCACCUCUACUGGGUGCCAGGGACUGCAAGGUGCCUUUGGGGAUACUUCACGUCGGAAGGGAGCACUGCCAGUGAAGAAGCAGCCCCACCGGACAUGCAAGAAAAUUUCCUAUCGGGAGCAAGUCAGUGUGGGGAGGAAAAUAAGUAAAAUCAGAAGUUCUGCCUUUUUAAAGAGCUCCUCUGAAACGAUCCCCACAAAAGCACACAGAUCUCUCAGUUCCUGCACAACACCUGUGCCCACGCCACCUGGACCUGAAACAGCCCCUGCCAGGAGCCUCGUUAGCCCCAUACCAAAGCCGAUGGCCCCUCCGGACCAGUCCCCGGGGGCCCUGAAUGUCAGGAAACCAACCAAAGAAUCAGCCUUACUCAGCAAGCUCUCUGUCCUUGCCUCCAGGCUGGCCCCGGCCACGGGGACCCAGAGGCCCAGGUCUCAGUGGUGUUCCUCAGACCUUCUCCCAGUGGCCAAAAGCUACAAGCGGCUCAGAUAUAAAAGGCUCCUGGAUGGGUUUUCCCACAGCACCACACAGCUGAGUCCAUGCUUGGCAGUUAGUGGUUGGGACAAGAGGCCUAACAGUACACCCUUGACACUUUACUCGCUGGAAGCCAUCAAAAUGAGCUUCAUUGAUUUGAGCGACAAGAUGCCAACGUUGUUGUUUGGUUCCGAAAUCUUCCCAGUGUCCUUUCACGUGAAGCCAGGCUCCCAGCAUGGGACGGAGCCCCCAAGGGCUUUUCCUGAGCACUGUGCACCCGCCAGGCUCACCUUAGGAGAGGCCCCCAGUUGCCCACCUCAACCCCCCAAGUGGACCUUCUCUUUCUUCCUGGCCCAUGGUUGCCCCGGGGUGGCCACGUUCAAGGAAGAUACCGGGCUGCACAGCCAGGCAGGCGCCCAGCCUCCAGCUCCUCUCCAAGACCACAGAGCCACUGCCAUCGUCCAGACCAGAGGAGGCUGCUCUAUCCUUGGCCUUCACACACUCCUAGCACUUUGUUCCCCUGGAUGUUAUCGGAUCUGGACCAAAAAACGUAGCUGCUCCAGCCACAUGCCCACCAUGCAGAGGCUCUUCAUGACCCAGUUUACCCAGGGCUUGAAGGGGCUGCGGUCUCCAGCCUCCAUAGCAGACAAGGUCUUCUGUUCUCUGCCCUACUCGGUGGGCCGAGUGCUGUCCCUGUGGAGCCAGCAUGGGCCUUCUGCCUACCCCUUGGAGGUCUCUGUGCUUCAUCCCACUCACAGCAAGCUGCAGCCCUCUCUGGGCACCACAAGCAGCCACACCAUGUUACCGUACGUGCCUCUUCCGGGCCUGGAAGCUGCUUACAGCACCGGCAGCAGUCACAUGAGGCUAGAGCCUCCAUUCCCUGCCUUGGUACCAAAGUCUUGCUUGGUAACAGACCCAGCUGUCAGCCAGCUCCUGCUUUCAGCCUCCGAGUUCCCCGUUCCCGGAUUUGAUGAGCUGGAUGGUGUGACACCAUCGUGCCCCCGACCCCAGAGCAGCCCUCCAGAACAGAAAGAGGCUGAGCCAGAGAAGAGGCCAAAGAAAGUCUCACAGAUUCGCAUCCGGAAAACUAUACCCAAGCCAGACCCUAACCUUACCCCCAUGGGCCUUCCUCGACCCAAAAGGUUAAAGAAAAAGGAGUUUAGUUUAGAAGAAAUAUAUACCAACAAGAAUUAUAAAUCUCCUCCUGCAAACAGGUGUUUAGAGACCAUCUUUGAGGAACCUAAGGAACGGAAUGGAACGCUCAUCUCAAUCAGCCAACAGAAGAGGAAGCGAGUUCUGGAAUUCCAGGAUUUCACAGUCCCACGGAAGAGGCGGGCUCGUGGUAAGGUCAAGGUGGCAGGCAGCUUUACCCGGGCCCAGAAGGCGGCGCUGCAGAGUCGAGAGCUGGAUGCUCUUCUGCUGCAGAAACUAAUGGAACUGGAGACCUUCUUUGCCAAGGAAGAGGAGCAGGAGCAAUCGUCUGGUUGUUGAGAAGCUCUUCAGAUUGGGGGUUUGAUUUUAGACUUUCCAGGCCUCCUUGGAAGAGGUUGCCUAACUUUGCCCUACCGCCCAAACCACUCAAAAUGCAGUCUAUGGGUUUUUACCUAUUUCAAGGUGCAGCCUUUUUAGGAACUGGUGAAGGAGGGUCCUCUAACUUGUACUGCUGAGAAUAGAACCUCAGGAAUGCUCCCUUUCUCCUGGAAAUGGUCCUGAAUGAUGUCGGCCUUUUCCCCCCACUCUGCCAUCCACGGAGGAGGACACAACGUCCCUUCAGUAACACUAGGAUUCCAAGGACUCACAACAUUUGCACGUCCAUGUGAAAGUUCCACGUUUACAGUGGUGCUAGACCAAGAUUAUUUAGACGUCGUGGCCUAGGGAGUGGACCUGGCAAGCUGUCCUGCGUGGUCUCACCAGCUCAUUUCAGUGGUUGAGGAAAGAUGAGCUGUUGUGUUUUCUAAUCCUUUGAGUCUGUCUGUCCAGAAACAGGUGUGCGUGUGUGCGUGUGUGUGUGUGGCUUCUUCCCAUCAUUUCCUCCCCUCUGUGACUGGGUCACUAGUGCCAGAGGAGCCCGUCCAGGCCCCAUUCAAAGUAAGUUGCACUUUUUAAUGUUGUGGUGUUAUUUUCAUUUUUAAUUUCCUUUUUUUUUUAAUUGCUGCAUGUUUGGAGCCUUUAAAUGUGAUUUUAAAACAAUAUUUUUAAGACAUUAAGGAGAAAGACAAUACAUGUCUUCAGAACCCACAAUAGGCAUUUACUCCAGCAUGUCUGUGUGUGCUGUGGGACGGCCAAGAGCCACUUUCCCAGUCCUGCCUUCAAGUGGCUCCCUCCCCACCUCUGACCCCUAGUGUGACUCAUUAGAUGGAGCCCUUUUCUCAUCUGGGUUCUCUUCCUAGCCCACUAAGUAGGUGUAUUUAUUUUAAUGAUGGAAGUAAGAGCAGGUUUCUCUCCCAGUCAUUUAAAAAGUACAAAGGUGGGGUGUGGUCUUAAUGGGUUUUAUCUGUAGUGGUGGCCCUUGACAGAGGUGGGCAUAACAGCCCUGGUGGUAAUGGAGGUGGACCCAGAGCAUUCGCAGCUGCCAGAGCAGCCUGUUCCAGUGUGGGGGUGGGGGGACGCUGGGCCAGGGUUCUGGCCCAGCAAUGUGUUCUUUUUUUUUUUUUUUGUCUUUUUGCCAUUUUUCUUGGGCCGUUCCCACGGCAUAUGGAGGUUUCC